AUGUUUUCCGCUGGCACACAUACAUCUGCCGUGACACUUCAGUGGGCAAUGUCAGAACUAAUUAAAAAUCCAAAGGUGAUGAGAAAAGUGCAAGCAGAGUUGAGGCAUGUACUAAAGGGAAGGGAAAGGAUUUAUGAGUCAGAUAUUCAAGACCUUGACUACUUAAAACUAGUAAUCAAGGAAACCUUAAGGUUGCACCCACCACUUCCUUUGUUACUCCCUAGGGAGGCUCGAGUGAAGUCUGAGAUUGGUGGAUACCAAAUUCCUGCCAAUACAAAAGUUAUGAUUAAUGUGUGGAAAAUAGGACGUGAUCCAAAAUACUGGAUAAAUCCAAACAAUUUCAUACCUGAACGAUUUAGUGAUAAUGCAAUUAACAUGUUAGGAAAAGAUUUCGAGUUUCUCCCAUUUGGGGCUGGAAGAAGAAUGUGUCCUGCCAUGAAUUUGGGGUUGAUCAACGUGGAGCUUCCACUUGCUAUGCUUCUUCACCAUUUCAAUUGGGAACUCCCAGAUGGAGCAACAUCAGAACACCUAGAUAUGACCGAGAGUUUUGGAGCAGCUCUUAAACGGAAACAUGAGUUGUAUUUAGUUCCAAGUGCUUGGUAA